AUGCGGCUGCAGAGAGUGCUGCAACGAUGGCAUCGCUUCCUGGGACUGACGCCACAAGCGCGGCCCUGGUAUGGCGACCGGCUGCGAGAAGAGCUGGCCGAGCAACAGGCCGCCCGGUCCGCGCUAGAGCGACUCAGCGAGACGGCCGACGUCUUCUACAUCAUCAGCCGGGCGCAACACGACGGACAUCCGCUGCAGGGGCCGCCGCCUUUCCGAACCCGGCACGUCGUCGUGUAUGCGUACCUCUUGCUCAAGUACACGUCGAGAUGGGCCUUUUAUCGAGUGGCUGCCCGCUGCUGCAGCUGUGCUGACCCGGCCUCGGUGCGCGAAGUGGUGAACCCGGCAAAGGACCGCAAGCUGUGCGAGGUUGCAGGUCGCCACGGCAUCCAUCCUCCGACGUUUCACGAGCUGUACCCCGGCGAGUUCAAAAUGCACGAAGGCUCGGAAAAUAUUUCUGCUCUCGUUUCGGGUGGCCUCGCGGCUUUCAAGAGCAUGUCGGAACAGGAAAAGGCCCACUGGCGAGGGCGUGCCAUUGAUGAUAUUGGCAGGGAGAGCGCUUCCACCGGGCGAACCGCAGUCGUCACCGGCCACUUCAUGUUCUGGUCAGAUGGGGAGGCCAUGGAAACCCCAGUCUGCACUCCAAACGACCUGGCAGUUUACACUCACAUCGUCUACCUCCAAGUCGACCCCCGGUGCAUCGCCCAGCGUCGCGUGGAUGACAAGCUGAGGACUCGAUCUGCGGUGUCUCCUCAGCACCUCUCUCAAUGGCAGCAAGCCGAGAUUCAACAACUUGAACCCCUGUGCCGUCAUCAUGGCAUUCUUUUCUCUGUCGUUACGGAGCAGGCUGCUCUGGCGCUGCGAGUCUCGGCCUUGAUUCGUCGCUUUCGACAAGAUGCCGCCGAUCGAGACUUUGUGCGUGCUCAAACGAGACUCGACCAAGUGCUGCCAGGCCGAGACCGACUGCGAACGGUUCUCGUCUUGGACGGAGAUCGGACCUUGGCCGCCGAAGAUACGGGGGCGCUGUUCUGGCAGAUUCGUGCUGAGCCACGGCCUUUGACAGAGAAGCCAGGGACCUGCCCCCUCAAGCUGCUUUUUGGAAGCCCGUUGGGAUACUCGGACUGCGCUUUUCGCCAAGCGGCAUUGCUAUACGAAGGGGCUGCUUCCGACGACCAGGAGUAUGAACGCCUGUGUGGAGCCGUAGCGUCAUCGAUCAAGGUCUAUCCAGAAUUCCUCUCAUUGCUCCGGUCGGUAGCCGGCCGAGACGACGUUGGCGCGGUCGUGGUGACCUGUGGUCUUGGCCGGGCCUGGGAAAAGGUGCUGGAAAGAGAGAGCCUCUCGCAGACAGUCAAGGUCGUGGGCGGAGGCAGAACCUCUGACGGGCUCGUGGUCACUCCGGCGACGAAAGCUGCCAUUGUCUCUCGGCUGCGGCACGCCGACAUGCUGCACGUCUUGGCAUUCGGUGACAGUCCCUUGGAUCUGCCGAUGCUACGAGAGGCCAACGAGGCCAUCGUCGUGGUUUUGAUGCCUGAACAUGUCUCGCCGCGCUUGGACGAGAUUCGGCUGCCUCGAGUCAGGUUCAGCGAUCAAGACUUUAUCAAUUCGGUUGCCGGUCGCCACAAUAGCCGUGUAAUAUUGCAUGCCACGGACAAAGAGGCGGCAAAGCUGCUCAUGUCUCCUACACGCGAUGCAGCAACAUCCGGCCCGCGGCUCAGGGCUGCUCAUGAACAGGGCCACCAGACAAGCGGCCAUCGGCUUCGUAAUGAGAGACAGACAUCGAUCAUAGCACUCAUGAGAGGUGGAGAGCCGCUGGCCCUGGGCAUCAACGAGGUGUUUCCGCUCGCCAUGUUUGUCCACGCCGACUCGGCGUCGAGCGUACGCAGACACCACGUGCGAGACCAAAAGACUGUUGUCUUGGUUGACUCGGUCAUCAACACCGGCAAGACACUGCUUUUGUUUAUAGAGCAUAUCCGCCAGAUGUGCCCCAGCAUCUGCGUGGUCAUCGUGGCCGGGGUUGUCCAGGCUGAGGCCAUCUCGCAGGGCCAAGCGUUGGCCGAUGCAAUGAGCAAGCACGACGUGCAGUUGGUUGCGCUCCGGCUGUCUAACAAUAAGUUUACGGGGACAAAGACAACCGACACUGGCAACCGGCUGUUCAACACGACGCACUUGUCGUGA